GCGCGGCCGCGACGCCCGACGCCAACGCAGGCGCAGCGCUCCGAUUCGGCGCGGCUCAUGGUCCGGUUCGGGCUCGCGAGUCUCCGUCUGGGGUAGGGCAGGUUCUUAGACUCUGUGAGUAAAGGCAGCUUCAUCUUCCCAGUUCAUCAUGGCUUCAACAUCCAGAGAUGUCAUUGCUGGGAGAGGUAUCCACUCAAAGGUGAAGUCUGCAAAGCUGCUUGAGGUUCUGAAUGCUAUGGAGGAGGAAGAGUCCAACAACAACAGAUAACAACGAACUUGAUGCAAGUGAUAGGUUUGCCAAGGUCAGACCUCUCAUCAUCCGGAUGAACUGCAAUUUCCAGAAGCAUGCACCCUUGGAAGAGUUCUACAGCUUUGGCGAGUCUAUGUAUGAUGAUUAUUCCCCACCUUCUAAGAGACAAAGACCAACGAGCCACCACAGCCACCAGUCCCAGAACCCGCCAAUGCUGGGGAACGGAAAAUGAGGGAGUUCAACUCUGGCCCUCACAAUCCAGUGGAGGAGACGAAACUCAUCUGCCUCUGUCCCUCUGGGCACGCCUCAUGCCAGGUGCAUCUGUGGACAGGGGCCAUGCUCCUGGGCUUCCAAAGUUGGAGAAAGCUGCCAGGCUCAGGUCUGAAGGCCAGAAUUCUACAGUAAGUCCUACUGAGUCAAGGUGGGAGCAGGGUCGGUGGCUUCCGAGGCUCUGCGGGAGAAUCCGUUUCCUGGCCGUAGAGGUGGCCUGCACUCCUCAGCUUGUGCUGCCCGUCUCGAAUGACUGGAGUUUCCUGCUUCUGUUACUACACCUCCCACCCUCUCCAUCACCUGCUCUGCUCUUACAGCAGAGCUCUGCCCCUCAUUCCCUGGCCUCACUCACACAUAGCCUUCACCCAGACAGCCUUCGCCCUGUGCACCGCGGCUGGGGCUGGAGGGGAGGCAAUGGCCGUCUCCCGUGUGUGCACUGGACGCCCGGAAUCUCAACAGCACUCACACUGGAACUUGAAGGUGCCCCGGGGAAACCCACGGAAGCACAGUGGUGCCUCUGGCUGCCUGGAGCCUACCCCAGUUCCUCCCUGGCAGUGAGAGAAAGCUGCAAUCACCCAUCAGCAGGCUUUAUUACAGAAAAGGAAACGCAAAUUGGGCCUCCCCUCCUGCUGGGAAGCAUGGGAACAUAAGGUCGAGGAAGAUGGAAGGGGGAACAAAGAGAAACACUGCAGACCGGCUGCAGCCAGAGGCUGCAGGUGCAGGGCUGAAACUGAAUCAUCGCCAUGCCAGCAGGAGUGGCCUGCCUGGAGUAACCCACCCUUCCAGGGAGCACAGGCUGGGUGCCCUCCCCAGGGCCCAGGCAGGCCCCUCCUCUGGGUCUUGGGGCCCCCGUAAGAGCAGGAGUUGGAGAGGGUGGGCUCCUCGCCUCCACUUUCUCUGUCCUGUUAGAAUUCUAAAGGGCGGGGCAUUUUCUGUGUUAGGGAAUGCUCCAGAAGACUUAUGUGACCUCAACUUCAGCUAAAUUUCUAAUAGGAAAAGUUGGUAAGCUAAACAAAACCCUAAGCCCCCUAAACAACUGAAAGGGGCCCCAGAGAAACCUGAAAAGCUGAGUUCCCAGCCUCGAUGGGAAGGGAGGUCCGCCACGCUUCAUUACGCUCCUUCCCUUUUGCAGCUUAGAUGCAACCAUGGACCAGCAUUAGAGGUCAUGGAGAUCUUAAGACUGACAGACAGACUCUUUGUGGCAAUAAGACACCAAAUUAUAAACAGGACCCAUGCAGGCAAGGGUAAAGUCACACCUGCAGGUCAUCAUCUUGCUACACAGCUUCCAAGUUUUAGACAGAACCUUCCUCCUCCAACCAAAUGCAAAUUAAAGAAUCUCUGAAUCCACCGA